CUGGAUGACGACUAGUCCACAACACCACGAGAGCACGAGCAAAAAAAACCCAACUAAUUUUCUUUUCUUCUCCUCAAGAAAUUGAUCAGAAAGAGAGACAAGAGAAGAGCUAGGGUUUCAUCUCAUCUCCAGCCAUGGCGUCCGCCGCCUCCCCGCCGCGCUCCGGCGACGCCUCCCCGUCCUCCCCUCUCCUCCCUUCCCCGACGUCCCCCGACCGCCGCAGCGGCGGCGGCGGAGGCGGAGGACGCCUGCUUCCGGGGCUGCGCGGCGCGGCGCGGUUCCUGGGCCGCACGGGGAGCCGCCGCCUGAUGCGGGAGCCGUCGGUGGCGGUGCGGGAGACGGCGGCGGAGCACCUCGAGGAGCGCCAGACCGACUGGGCCUACUCCAAGCCCGUCGUCGUGCUCGACGUGCUCUGGAACCUCGCCUUCGUCGCCGUCGCCGCCGCCGUCCUCGCCGCCUCGCUCCCGGAGUCCCCCUCGGUGCCGCUCCGCGUCUGGCUCGCCGGGUACGUGCUCCAGUGCCUCUUCCACGUCCUCUGCGUCACCGUCGAGUACAGGCGGCGCCGGGAGGCGCGCGGCGGCGGCUUUGGGGCGGACCAGGGGGCUGCGGCUGAUGGGGAUUUCAAGCUCAGUAUUGUGAAGCACCUGGAGUCCGCAAACACGAUGUUUUCUUUCAUAUGGUGGAUCAUUGGGUUCUACUGGAUAUCUGCAGGUGGCCAAGCUUUGUCCCAUGAUGCUCCUCAACUUUACUGGCUCUCCAUUGUGUUUCUGGCAUUUGAUGUUUUCUUUGUAGUCUUCUGUGUUGCCUUGGCCUGUGUGAUUGGCAUUGCUGUCUGUUGCUGCCUGCCUUGCAUUAUUGCUAUCUUAUAUGCUGUAACUGAUCAGGAAGGAGCAUCUGAAGAGGACAUCAACAACCUGUCCAAAUUCAAAUUUCGGACAAUGGGUGAUGCAGACAAGCUGGUUGCUGGAAUUGCAGCACCUGUGGGUGGAGUAAUGACUGAGUGUGGCACCAAUCCUCCUGUUGAACACUUCCUUUCUGCUGAGGAUGCUGAGUGCUGCAUCUGCUUGUGUCCCUAUGAAGACGGUGCGGAACUUCGAGAACUCCCCUGCAAUCAUCAUUUCCACUGUACCUGCAUAGACAAGUGGCUUCACAUAAAUGCAACAUGUCCCCUGUGCAAGUUCAACAUCAUCAAGAGCAACCUUGGUCCAGAAGACGUCUAGGUUUCACAGGACGAGCAAUCUGUUGAAGGAUUGAUAUGCUCCAGUUGCGUUCUUUAGCUAUGGGUUCCUUCAGGUGUAAGUAUGGGGUAUAGGUGAUGCACAGCUGGUUGAUCAGUAUUCGCUCCUGAAUGAAAUGUUUUAGCAGUUUCUUGAUGCCGGUAGAGAUGUACAUUCCUUCUCUCUAAGUCAAUUGUGUCGCAGAUUCUCAUUUUAGCCUUGUAGGAAGUAUUUGAAUUGAGGAUUCUCAUGUACGUUGUGUUAGCAAGUGUUGAAUAAAUACAUGGAAAUGCAGAGGUUUGUAAGAAGAAAAAUGGUUGUGGAAUUGGAGCUUUGUUAACAGCACAUGCUGUCUCCUUAAUAUGCAGUAGACGUACAUUCUACCCCUUUGGUGCUU